ACAACGCUCACUGAAACAACAAAUUCCUUCUCUCAUUAUAAAACUCGCUAUCUACACAGCGAAGAAAAAAUCCCUUCUUGGUGCUUCAUAAUGAGAUUCGCCUCGUCAGAUUUGAUAUGGUCUGUCUGUUUGAGCCCUCAACCCACCUCUACAGUUUACUUUCAACCUGUCAUCAACCUCUCUUCAUCCAGGUCGCGGACGAGCAAUCGUUGUUACCUACAAACUCCGUCCCAAUGCCUAUUAUCCCGAACCAGUCACGCUGAGCCAUGGCCGAUGUCCCUGAACGCGCAAACGGUGAUCGUUUUGCAGAGACGCAUUGCACUUCCUCUACACGGAUCUGCAGCACGGGGCAGUAGACCACAGGCAGAAAUGUGGAUCGAGAGAUUCCAGGCCCUCUUGCUAAGUGACACUUGUUCAGGAUCUGAUCAGCGCGCCAGCAGAGCAAAACUGAAGACGUUUGCCUACACCGCCCCGAUUUUGAUGGAAAAACAGGAUGAGGGAGUUGUAGACACCUACCAGUAUCUACGCGCGGGUCUUGAUCAUAUCAUGGAGUGGACCGUUGCCAACUUUCACGACUUCCAACUGACCGAACACGCAAAAGCGCGCCUUGAGCUCGCGAUGGACGCACUUGUCAUUGACAAGACUCUGUCUACCGACCCGGUCGGACCUCCAAAGCAAUGGAUCACGACAGAUGCCAUUGGGAGCAUAGUCAAAGCGAUGUUACAAGACGGCCUCCAAAACAGAACUUUGUCUUGGGACGUACUCAUCAUGAAGACUCUGUCACUGCUCCUGCAAUGCAUCCUCAGCGCAAAGACCGGAGACCUUCGCGAGUCUUACGACUAUGAAGAGUACGAGUGUUUGUACUGGAAGGACAUCCAUGUCCGAAUGGUUACAAAAAACGGAAAACGCGUACUCAUUGGCACGAUUCCCUGUGAGUAGUGUAACGAGUUGAUGACCGACCCCGAGCCAGCCUACGCCAUGGAGGUCGUGGAAUUCACGGAUCAUUCCCUAGACUGCCUCUGCCCCCUCAAGCUCUUGCUCGUCCACGCGU